AUGAAGAAGAUAUUAGUGGCAAAUAGAGUAUGGGAUUUGUUAGAAGAAGCGACUACAUCAAAGGAGAUUGAUAGAAAGAAAGAUAGUUUUGCAUCCGCGUAUCUAUUUCAAGGAUUGCCAGAAGAUCUACAAAUGCAAGUUGUGGGAUGUGAAACAGCAAAACAAAUUUGGGACUCAUUAAAGGCCAGAUUUGUUGGGACAGAAGAUGUUCAACAAGCGCACUCGCAACAAUUGAAGUCAGAAUUUGAGAGACUUGUUAUGAAAGAAGAUGAAUCAAUAGAUUCAUUUGCCAGAAAGAUGAUGAGUAUUACUACAAAGGCUGCUACAUGUGGAUUGGCAUUUGAUGAACAAACGAAAGUACGAAAAAUACUCAACGCAAUGCCAGAUAAGUUUAUACCAAUAGUAGCAACCAUUGAAAUGGUUGUUGAUUUUAAGGAAGCGAAAUUGGAGGAGGUUAUUGGGAAUUAUAAGACUUACGAAGAAAGGCUUAAGUUUAGAAAAGAAAGUCUCGAAGAUAAUAGUGAGAAGUUAUUGUUCACACGUCAAGGGAAUGCUAGAAAUUAUGAACGCAACUAUGGGAACAAUAGAGGAAGGGGUGGUAAUCAGAUAAGAGGAAGAGGCCAAGGAAGAUUCAUGAGAGAUAAUAGAAAUGAAGAUAGUUUCGAUCGAUGGAAGAAAAGCCCCGGAGAUCAAAACUAUCCAAGAAGACAACUUAAGGACAUACAAUGUUAUAAUUGUCAAGAUUUUGGACACUUUGCUGCAAAUUGUCCAAAACCAAACCAUAGAGAAGAAAAAGCAAACCUUGUGUUCGAAGAUGACGAACCAGCGCUAUUGAUGGUUACUACUAAGGAUGAAAAAGAGACAACGUCCUUAAAACAAGAGAAGCGAAGAAAUGAAAUUCUCAUUAAGGAAGAUGAAAUUCCAAAAGGAAAGUUCGAAGAGAUGAGAUCAGAAAUAGAAAGUGACUUAAGAAGUAAACUAGAGUUUUGGAAGUUUGAAUUACUCCAAGACUUUGAGAUGGAGAAACAAGAGUUUGAGAAGAAAAUGAGAGAUAAAGAGAUAGCAUUUGAGAAACAAAUGCAAAAGGAGUUAGAAAACCUGAAGAAGUUGAGAGAUUGCAUAAGCAAAGAGAUGAAAGAGUUAAAGUCAGAAAGAGAACCAGAAAGCAAAAUUGAGAAAGACAACAAGUCAAGAAACAAGAAAGUUGAAUACGAAGAUCGUAAUACAAGAAACACAUUGUUGGAGAUUCAAGACUAUGAGAUGAUACAAGUGAAGGAAGAUACUGACAACGUUAACAAGGAUGAUGAAGAUGAGAUUCAAGACAAGGAAGAAAGAAGUGAAAUCAAUGAAGAAGUUAAAGGCAUAGUUCGUGUUAAAGAUCAAGUAGGAAAUGGAAACAAGCCAAAGUUCAAGGAUAAAGAUGAUGAAGCUUAA